GUGAUAGAUAACAAAGUUAUCUUGUGAUAUUAGCGCAUGCGCUGUAAAAUUGUGUAUCAAUAUCGCAAUGGCGGAGUUAAGUCCUGGAUUAAAUGAUAUAAACGUUACGGACAGUAUGUGAGAAAAUUACGAAAUCAAGAUGGCACAUGAGAUACAUUUAAAGAACAACAAAUACCGGCAGUGGGUUAAGGCUGGCCUAGGCUUGGGUUAUCUUAAAGAGGGACUUGCGCCAUUUUGUAAUGACAUAGGAAGACAGCAGCACAAUGAUAUUAUAAACCAAAUACAACAAACAAAGACUACUCGACCAAACAUACCAUGCAGCGCCUGUCAGAUAACAACUCUCCAGCCAGAUCAUGUCCGAGUCUCAAAAGGGAUAUGUCCCCUCAAACAAGAUAAAUGUAACUGUUGCUUUCCAAAUAAUAAGAGACCCUGUCCAAACAAUGUAUGUGGUGCCAUCUAUGACAGCAUUAUACAGUAUCAUGCAUCAAUGCCACCAGCACCUUUUUGGAAAAACAGUGAUGUCCACCAGUGGUCAACAGACCCGUGGGAGGUUUGCAAAUGUUUUAUAAAUGCUCCUGGGUACAAGGACAAGAAAUCAGCAGUCGACACUGAUUGCACUGGGUUGCUUCAUGUUAUCAUAAAUAACAAGUACUUUCAUAGCCAUAUUGGAUGCAAUGUUACUGGACCAAACAAUCUUUUUUCAAAGGUACGGCAGUACCGAAACGAAAUUUUUCACUCGAGCAAUAUGGAAUUAGAGGAAAGCAAGGCUAAUUGUUAUAUCGAUGACAUGAUUGCUGUUCUACAAGAUGGUAAAGAUCUUUUACAUCGACAAGAUGCACAACAAGCUGUCAGGAAACUUCAAGAUCUGAAGAAGAAGGACUUCAUUAUAACUACUGUAGACUUUGAUGAUAUUCUGGGACAAAUCAAUGAAGAAAUGAAAAAAGUUCUAAAUUCAAUUGAUGAUGCUGCAACUAAACAGGAAUACGAUGAUCUAAAGAAGAAGUUUAUAGAAUUUGAAACCAAGAUGUCAGAAGAAAAGGAUGGGGAAAAGCUUGAAAAUGAAAAAGAGCUUAAAGAUCUUAAGAAAACAAUCACAGAACUUGAAUCACAAAUGGUCCAGGAGAAGAAGGAAAAACUCGAGAUGGAAAUAGAACAUGUCGAUUUAAAAAAGAAAUUUACUGUCCUAGAGACUCUUGUUGCAGAACAGAAAAAGGAAAUGGCAAAAAUUAAGACAGAAACUUUCUCAGGUCAAAGUCAGACAGAUUAUGAUCAAGCCAAGUUAGAAUGGCGAGAAAAGCUGAUUGAACAGUAUCAAAAAACCCUGCUGCAAGUUCCUACAACACCUUUACAACCAAAAAGUGAAAAAUGUAGCUUUAAUGAGAUUUAUAUUAGGCCCAAAAUAACGAGGGAAAUAAAAGGAGAAAAGGGUGAGACAAAGGAGGUGGAGGUUAAAACAAUGUCAGAAAUCUUCACAAAGAACGGAGUCCCCCAAAAAUCUGUAUAUGUUCUAGGAGAUGCAGGGUCAGGAAAAACUAGUUUUUGUAAAUAUCUGGUCAACUGUUGGUGUUUGGCACACAGUGAGGAACAUGAAGCUGACAAUGAAAAUGAAGAUGGCAAUGGUAAACCUGAAGGUGACAGUGAAAAACAUGGAGGUGACGGUGAAAAACAUGGGGCUGGCAAUGAAAAUGAAGAUGGCAGUGGUAAACCUGAAGGCGACAGUGAAAAACAUGGAGGUGACGGUGAAAAACAUGAAGCUGGCAACGAAAAUGAAGAUGGCAGUGGUAAACCUGAAGGUGACAGUGAAAAACAUGGAGGUGACGGUGAAAAACAUGGAGCUGGCAAUGAAAAUGAAGAUGGCAGUGGUAAACCUGAAGGUGACAGUGAAAAACAUGGAGGUGACGGUGAAAAACAUGAAGCUGGCAACGAAAAUGAAGAUGUCAGUGGUAAACCUGAAGGCGAUAGUGAAAAACAUGGAGGUGACGGUGAAAAACAUGAAGCUGGCAAAGAAAAUGAAGAUGUCAGUGGUAAACCUGAAGGCGACAGUCAAAAACAUGGAGAUGACAGUAAAAAACAUGGAGCUUGCAAUGAAAAUGAAGAUGGCAGUAGUAAACCUGAAGGUGACGGUGAAAAACAUGAAGGUGACGGUGAAAAAUAUGGAGGUGUCAAUGAAAAUGACAGUGGCAAUGAGGAACAAGGAGGUGAUAAUGAAGGACAUGAAACACAUGGAGCUGGAGGUGUCGAUGAAAUUGAAGAUGGCAAAAAGAAACACAGAGGUGAUUUUGAAGAACAUGAAAAAAGAGGAAGUGACAUUGUAAAUGAAGAGGUAAAGGGGACACAUAAUGGAGACAUUGAAAGCAAAGAGGGCAGUAAGACACAUCAAGAUGUUAAUGAGAAACGAGGAGAUGAAAAACAUGUUGGUGACAUGAAGAAAAAUGGAAGUGACAGUGAUGACAUUCAAGAUAACAACGAUGACUUAGUACACUCCGAAUCCCACAAUGAUGACUCUGAUGGUGACUCAAUGCCUUCCGAAUCUAACAUUUAUGACUCUGAUGAUAUUUUAACAGGCUUUAAAUUUGACAGUGAUGGCUAUGUUGAUAGAUUAAAUGACUACAUAUUCGACAGUGAUGACACUGAUGAUAUCAUAACAGACUUUAAAUUUGAUAGUGAUGGCUCUGUUGAUAAAUUAAAUGACCCUGAAUCCGAUAGUGACGGCUCUGAUGGUGACUUAAAAGACUCUGAAUUUGACAGUGAUGACUCUGAAUAUGAUAGCAAAAAUUAUGAACUGAAAUUCAAUGGUGUAAAAGAGAUGAAGAAAUUUGAUUUUGUAUUUUACAUCCCUCUUAGACAGUAUCAAAACAUUGACACUAUUGAUGAAAUGCUUCAAAAACGUUAUCAAAUGAAAAUGUUAAACACACUUCUUGAAGAGGAAUCCUCUAGAGUUAUGAUUUUGCUUGAUGGCUUAGAUGAAUGGUCCUCUGAAAAUGUCCCAGAACAUAGCAUCUUUAAGGAGUACACAAUAUUAACUACUUCGCGGCCAUGGAAAUUUCAUACAUUAAGAUCAAGUGAUGUUGAGAUUGAACAGUCGCUGAAUCUGAAAGGGUUUGAUUUUAGAUGUGAAAGGGAAAUGGUAAAUAGGACAGUCUCACAAUUAAAUGUAAAUAGACAUGCUAAUAAAGAAGCAAGAGAUUGUAGGGAAAAGCUAGAAGAAGAGUCUCUGGAAAGUUUAAAACAGGUACCAAUUAUGCUACAACAACUGAUAUGUCUAUGGUUUGAUGGUAAACUCGAUAAAACCUCAAGAUGUGCCAUCUACACCGGUAUGUUAGAAUUAUUCUUCACAUGGAAUGACAUGAAAACUACAGGAACAAGUACUCGACUCAUGAAGGGGACCCAGAAAGUAGAUCUUCCUAAAUAUUUAGCCGAUAAAACCAAAUUAAGAUUAAACCGCCAUUUCAUUUAUGAAGUGUCACAGUUGGCUUAUGAGACACUAUUUAAUUGUCCGAAGGAUAAAUCCUUGACAUUUGACAUUUGUAUGUUUGAUGAACUAGAAAUAUCAGAUGAAGUAAGAGAAAAUUGCUUGAAACUUGGAAUAAUGACAGAAGAUGAAUGUCCAAGUUUAUCUGUAUCAGAACCACCAAGCUCAUUGUUCUCUUUUAUUCACAAAUCAAUGCAAGAAUUUCUGGCUGCAGUGAAUAUUGGUAUAAAUUUCAAUGCAAAAAUGUGUUCAUCAGAUAGUACAGGAAAUGUUGAAUUAGUCAAAAAGUUUAUUUGUGAGGUUUUUCGGAAUUGUUCAACAGUCAAUGACAUAUUAGAGCAGUCAAAUGUCAUCAUUAUGCUAUCUGGUCUUGAACCUAGAUUAGCAACUCAUGUAUCAAAAUACAUAUAUGAUACUGUGUCAAAAGACUCUCGUGUCCAGGAAUACAGGAGAACAAUAAGUAAUGGAGAUUUAUAUUUUAUUGAUUCUGAAACUAGAUAUAUUACUGAUAUUCAAAAGCUUAUGUUUGAUUCAAUGGAAGAAUUAAAUGCAACAUGUAGUAUAGGAAGUAAUCCUGUAUUUUAUAUAGGAGAUUUGGUCACUGGUAGACGGGGUCAGUAUUGUGAUAUUGUUUGUUCAAGUAUUGACCAGCAUCAAAUUGUUCCUGACACUGUUCUGUCUAUUAAUGUACGUUACAUCAACACACAAAAUGUUAAAUUUACAAAAUAUUUACCAAUGUUUCAUCAUCUUGAAAAAAUUGAAAUUAGAUAUGGAUCUGAAUCACAAAGGUUAUCAAGUACACAGAGUAAUGAACAGUGGAUUGAUGAGAUAAACAAUUGUGUUUUUGAGACAAUUAAAUUAAAUACUUCAACAUUAAAAUCUCUGACUCUUGAUGAUGUCUCUGACACUGACAAGUAUUACCCAGUGUAUAAAACAGUUGUUAGUAACCUACCUAGUAUGAUCAAUCUUGUAGCAAUAAGUGUGAGAUAUAUAACAAUGAGUCGUGAUGAUACUACUACAUUUUGUAAUUUUCUUGAGGGAACCAGUCAUCUUGAACAAAUACAUCUUGAUAGUGUUAAAUGUGGGUGUAUGAAGCAGCAUGAUGAAAAUUUAACAAAAAAUCAACAACUUCAGUACCUUUAUCUGUGUAAUACUGUUAGAGUGAUAGAUGCUGAUACUACAAACCUUGAAAUAUUGAACUUUGGUGAAUUGAAAGAUAGUAAUUAUGAGAAAAUAUUUGAUAUUAUUAGAAAAUCUUACAAAUUAAAAGAACUUGAAUUGUAUGGAGAUUAUAACAAUAAAUCUCAAUUAUAUCAUACCAACAUAACAAAGAGACUUGUCACAGUAUUACCAUUGUUACACAAUCUCAGUAAGCUUGAGUUAGGGUAUUGUAGGUUAACUGACAAUAUAAUACAGUUACCUUUAGAGAUGAAGAGUUUAAAGAACAUUAAGCUUGUUGAUGUCAUAAUGAGUUUGACAACAUGGCAAAAGUUUAUUGAUAGUCUUUCUAGUAUUCCUCAUACAGUAGAUGUGAGUGUAAGGGACUGUUAUAUAACAGGAGAUGGUAAGGAGUUUAAUGUUGGUAGGUUAACAUUGACAUAUCAAGCACUAGGUGGAGAGAAGGUAAAUGAUGCUAUACAGUAUGUAAAGGAUAAGGAUCAGUUAUUUCAUGUUAAACUUGAUGAUUAUAUUAAGUUUGUAUUUUCAACAAAAAAGUGA